CCUACCUACUUUUCCAUCCGCAACGCUAGCAACCUAUCUAUUUUCUUUCCCGCGAAGAAGACUCAACCAUCCAACCAAAUCCCCCAGCGAGAUCCCCAUCGAAAGAAGCAUUCAUUAAAAUCCAAAAUGGGCUCCUCCUCGUUCUCCUCCCCCGUCAACUUCACCCUCCCGUCGUCCGCCUCCGGCUCGUCCAUCAAGAAGCCGAUCAAGAGCGUUCAGAAGCCGUGCUUCGGGUGCGAUUGCGGUGAUGAGGAGUGCGAUUGUUGUAUUUGUACGGUGAUGUGAGGGAUAGAUGGGUUGGGGUAGAUGGGAUGGGAUGGGAUGCUGAGGGUGAGAUUCCUAUUCCUACUCCUAUUCGUAUUCGUUGGCGGGUAUACCUGUCCUUGAUUGAUGGGCACAGUUACGAUCUG